UGUUAUGCGUUCUGACUAGCUUACAUUGCCUCAUAGGGUUAGCUAACGCGGACUAGCCUGUUAUGGAAGAAGGAACACAACUGGGGGGCUGUCUGAUAAAACGGGACUGGCUGGGACUAGUUCUCAGGCGUGAUUUGGAAAGAUAACGCUACAUACCGGAAGCCUGGAGAACGUCUUCCUGGCAGAAAACAAAAACAACAUAGAGAGAGCUAAAAUCACGGGACAGCUCCAGUUACAAGUACAACAUGGACCCGACAGCUGCGGAGCGUACGAUAAUUACCCGCCGCCGUCGAGUUUAGCCCUUCCCGACCGCAGCUGAACCUCAAAGGCGGCGGUACCUCGGGGCUCGCUUAAGCCACGGGAAUCUUUGUUCGUCUUUUUUUUUCAUGGGACACAACCGGGCUUCCCCUCCGCUUUGUCGUUGUUUUACCGUAGUGACAACAUCUCCCUCGGCCAGUAUUGGUUGGCCACCGAGGUCGCCGCAUCUUAUGGACUCCUACCAGUAGUUUUUGUGGAUUUUCUAUCGGUCGGCGCUUCUAACGGAGGCGGCAGUCAUGUUUGCCGUGCGUAUCGUCACCGCAGACUUUUAUCUGGCAAGUCCCAUUAAAGACCUGGACGUCUGCUAUUCUGAAUUCAGGGAGAGUGACGUGAAGAAAGUGCCGGUGGUGCGGAUAUUUGGAGCAACACCCGCAGGCCAGAAAACGUGUCUCCACCUCCAUGGCGUGUUUCCCUACAUCUACGUGCCAUACGAUGGUUAUGGCCAACAGUCAGAGCGCUACCUGCGGCAGGUGGCCUUCAGCAUUGACAGGGCUCUCAAUGUUGCCAUGGGAAACCCUGCCUCCAGUGUCCAGCAUGUCUUCAAGGUGGUCCUGGUCUCUGGCAUGCCUUUCUAUGGCUACCAUGCUAAGGAGAAGCACUUUAUGAAGAUCUAUCUGUACAAUCCUCAGAUGGUCAAAAGGGUUUGUGAGCUGUUACAAAGCGGAGCAGUGAUGAACAAGAGUUACCAGCCCCAUGAGGGCCACAUCCCCUUCCUGCUACAGCUCUUCAUAGACUACAAUCUGUAUGGCAUGAACCUGCUUAACUUGGCAGCUGUCAAGUUCCGCAGGGACCAGAAUAAAGAAGCCACAGUAGCAGCCCCAGACAGGCAAACCCCAAGCAGUCGUCCCAGCAUCAGUCCCUGGAAGAGUCCCUGCACCUCCAAGCACAACAACAGCACCCUGGGGGGCACAUUUGUCCGCUGGGAGGAGAAUGCCAUACCCUGCUCCUUAGUCCUGGAUGAGGUGGAGAAGCAGAGCACUUGUGAGCUGGAGGUUGAUGCUGUGGCUGUCGACAUCCUCAACCGCCUGGAAAUUGAAAGUCAGAUUGGCAGGAACCCUGGUCUGCAGGCUAUCUGGGAGGACGAGAAGCAGAGGAGGAGAGAGAAGAACCAGGUCUCCCAGAUAGAAACCCCUGAGUCACAAGAUCGUGGAUUUGUCACUUCAACAGAGAGCGAGAAAAUCUUCAUUAAGAGAUUCAAGGAGAUUCUGAAGGAGAACAACUUUGACUUGACGCAAGAUUCAUCUGUUGGCGAUGGGGACGACCAAGAGGAUUUUCUCAGUGAACUUACUCUCCAUCCUGACCCUCUGACCCCCAAGGGACUGCUGUGUACCCCCGCCAAUGCCAUGGAGGAGCAUAGGGACUUGCAGCAAGACUCUGUGAGGAGCAGUGGUAAAAUUCCAGAGGAGGCCCUCGUUGAUGAGGAGGCCAUCUUGAGCCUGCUGGAGAACAGUCCGACCUUCCUUCCGCUCUCCCAGACAUCCAACCACUCACCUCUGUUAGACAGCAGCCAAGACAACGCCAUUAUUGAUUUGCUGGCAGGCCUGGAGGAUGACGGUUACUGCAGGACCCCCGUUAGGCAGAAAACCCAGUCCCAGUCACUUUCUGGUGCCAGGAGCUACCACUGUAAUAGCGAUGAGGAGGAGGCAGGGCCAGAACUGGAUGAGGAAGAGGCUGAGCUCAGUGUGAUAAUGUCACAGCGGUGGGACAGCGAGCCUCCUGAGAACUUCUCCGCGACAAGGCCCAAUGUGAAGGAGCCAGAGGAUGGCUUCAGUGACGAGCAGCAGGAGUCCUCUGACGAUGACAUGGAGUGGAGUGGGAAUAACUCUCUUUUUGCCAACCUGUCUAUCCCCCAACUUGAUGGGGCUGCGGAUGAGAGCAGCGAUUCGUCUUUAACAGACAGUGGCUCAAGGACCCAGUCUUCUCUAAUAGUCACAGAAAAGAUGCUCAGGAAAAGAAAUCCCUUCUCUAGGGAGACUGUUCACCCCGAGCACAGACCAGUUCAUGUGCUGGACACAGAGCAACCACUUGACAAGCACUUUCAAUCUAAAAGCAGCCAGGACAGCAGUAGUGAAUGUUCAACAGGGUUCAAGGUUAAUAAAGAAAUCCCCUACAUCCCACCAGUCAAACACCCCAUUCCCUGCAAGAUAGCCAGUCACCCUGAGGUGUCUUCCAUCUGUGUAGACAAAGAGGACAUACGACCCCUGUACACCUAUGACAAUAAAACCUCCAUAGCUUUGGAUAAGACAGAUCUAAAAAGUUUCCCAUUUGGUAACAGAAAAGUCACCAAAAACAGAAAGAAGUACGGCAGCAUAAAGAAUGUAGAAACAAACUGUCUGUCCAUUCUUCAGAACCACAGGACCUUCUCUCUCUGUUACUCAGAGCUGAGAAACUGCUCAGCUAAGACAGAGCUGGAAUUGAGCCAGAAGGACAAUAAAAGCCCCAUCCUGAGGAACAUGUCUUCAUCCCCAUCACCCAUGGAGGAGGAUGAGUUUCUUGAUCCUCAGGAGGAAGAAAUGGGUCAGGAUAGCGAGGAGGGAGAUGUUGGUGAACUCAAAAUCAGGUACGAGGACUAUCAGGAAAAUAAGACUGAGAGGACUAUAGUGGCCCAGCAGGAAGCACACUACAAGUUCUUCCCUAGCGUCAUUCUCUCCAACUGCCUCAGUAGGAAGAAAGCUGGAAGCAAAAAGCUUACUGAUUCCUGCAGUGAGCUUGGACAGACACAGCCUCGCAGAUCUAGACUAAAAGUGAAUAAAAAAAGGUUGGGCAUGGUCGGGCAUACAAACAAAUUAAACAUAGUUGAAAGCUCUACCUCUGACAGCCAGGUUAGUACUGGCCUCACCUCAAUCACACUUGCUUGUCCUUUGACCACAGAGCCAGAGAUGCCAGUUUUGGAGAAUAAGCCAGUUAAAAAGGCUGAGCUAAUGAAAGAUCCAGGUCCAGUCAUUUUGGGAGAGCCAAUCUCAAAGGAGGAGCUAGAAAUUGAUGAGAGGUCUGUAAAUGAACAGACAAAAUCACUUUCAGACUCCCCUCCCUCCACUGUUCUCAGUUUUUCUGAAGAUAUUAAAGAUUCAGCAGAGGAUAGGUUAAGCCCAUUGCAAGAUUUAUCAGCUAAACUCACAUGUACGAAACCUUCAGCAUUGCCUGGUAGCAAAUAUACCUUGAGGGCCAAACGGAAGAUGGUGUAUGACGGUGAAGAUGGAGAACACUCAGGUGUUCGUCAUAAAAACCCAGCCACUGUCAAAGAACGACUCAAGGACACGAAUGUUCCCAGUGGACAGGAAGUAAAAUAUCAAAAACGCCGCAAGAAGGAACCCCCUAUCAUCAUCAAGUAUAUUAUUAUCAACAGGUUCAAAGGACAAAAAAACAUGCUGGUGAAAAUGUCCAAAGUGAAUGCGGAGGAGCAGUUGGUGUUGCUGACACCAGACAAGCUAGAACAAUACAAUAAACUGGCCCCUCUCAAGGAUUUCUGGCCCAAGGUGCCAGAGUCCACUGCUGUCAAGUUUCCCAUCACUGAGGCAAAGGCUAAAAAACACCCUAAAAGAAAGGCAAAGAUCAGCUCCUCAAAUAAGAAAACAAUCUGCAACGCUGCCAAACCUCGAGUUAAACAGUGCGAAGGGGUCAAAAGAAUAAAAGGCCGUCAGAGAGGCCCAGUUCUACCGUCUCUACCGCCCCCUCGGCCAUGUUACUGUGAGUUGGCAGAUGACCAUGGCAUUGAGUAUAGUGAUGUCAUGGUGGAGUUAGGCUACCUCUCUGAUAGAUCCCCAAGCCCUGUAGACUCAACACCUCCACGUUGCUGGUCCCCAAGUGACCCUCUAAUGGACACAAGAAGUACAGACCAGCUGAUAAAUCCACUCAGUGACCCAUGUCUUAGUACUGCUUCUCACAAGCCACGCACAGUAUCUUCAGCCAAAGGAGCACAAGAUAAGUGUCAAACUGCCAAACCUAAGAAAUUUACAGAUGCUAAAAAAAAAGUAAACAAGUCUGCUGUCAAGCCUCUAAAGGAAGAGGAACUUAAAAAGGAGAAAUUGAAACAAAGUAGUGGUUCUGCUCCAAGUCAGAGGAAGAAGGCUAAAGAUCCAGCUGAAGGUAGUAUCAACGGUUCUAAAACAACCAAAAGACCUAGAAGGUCUCGCAAAAAGAAGACUGAGGAACCCAAAAGCAAUGACUUGAGUAAAAACAGCUCCCAGCUCCUUUUCCUUGAUGGUGAGCUGCCUCCUUCUGAGAGUUCCUCUGAAGAGGUCCCUCCAUUUCAGCAGCCGGUGAGCACAGAUAGCAACAGCCAGAGCAGUUCCCAGACUGCAUCUAUAUCAGACUCAGUAGCUCAUUCUAUAGAACCAAAGGUUGAGGACUGUGAAACUUCCAUCAUGGAGGUCAACCAAAACUUUUCAGCACAGGUUCAGCUGAAGCAGCAAGGUUGCCAGACCACUGUGGUAAAGGUGGAGGCUUCACAGGAGUGCACAGCUCCCUCAUCUCCUCCUGCCAGUAGACCCUUACUGGAGGACAGUAAAGAACCCCAACUAGCAGUGGCUUCCCAGCACUCAGGUCCCAAGAAUGGUGAAGUCCCCACUCUCUCUGAGACCCCUUCUGGGUUGGCUGUUCUCAAACAGCUUCUCCAGAGGAGGCAGCAGGGACAGGCCCUUCCUUUACAAGUGGUUGGCACAAACAACCACUCCACUGCCAUAGCUCAGGCCACAGCACUACUCGAUCCCACAAGUAAACCAGCUAAAUCCAGAAGAGCUCCCUCCACCACUCCUCGGAAACCCAGGGCCCCAAAGUCUACCACUCCCAAAGAAAAAAAGCCCAGAAUCAGGAAAGGCAAGGCAAGCAACACUCAGCCAAAUCUAUCAGUGAAGCAGGAUGGGAAUAUGUCAGAUGACUGCCCCAUCUUCCUGUCAGACCCUGGUCUGGACAGUUGCAACUUCAUAGAGGACAGCUUAUCACCAGAAGUCCCACACAACUAUACCUUUGAUAUAAAUGCCAUUGACCAGACCGACUUCUCCAGCCCAUACAGUGGAAGCCAGUUUGUCCUGACUGAUAAAAAUUUACCAGUUAAGUUCCUGAGUGAUGUCAGCCAGGAAGCGGUGUCUGCCCAGGCACUGGACAUUGAGAAGAAACUUGAUAGACUGUUUGGUUCUGGAGAAGACCUGCAAAGAAGCUCUGACCUGCACAAAGUGAGACCUGUCAGCCCUGACCUUUUUGAUAGACCCGAGAAUGUAGAGUCUGUAUCAAAUCACCUCACAUUCCUUGACUCUGAGAAAAUCAAGAGCAGAGAGUGGGACUUGUCAUUAGGUAAAGCCCAUACGCUCAGCCCCUUUCAAGACUUUCACUGUGAGAGAAAAGAAUUGCUCUUUUCUGUCUUCGACCCUGUCCUACCAUUGCCUUUAAGUUCUGCAUCCUUUGUUGACCAUGAGGGCUCUCCAACUGGGGAGCUCCUGGAGGGAAUUGAUGGACUAACAUCCACAACACCCAGUAGCUCUCCACGCUCCAUCAGCUCACUAUCCCACGUGAAGGCAAGUCAGCUGCUGCGGGGGCCAGGAGGUGGAGCACACAUCCUCAAGCCCCUCAUGUCCCCUCCAAGCCGGGACGAAAUCCUCAGCACUCUUCUGGACCUGGAGAUGUCAGAGGCAACCUUCCAGGAGCCCUUCUGUAGUGACCCCUCUGAUGCACCAGGGAAACCAAUGGAGGUUGGUGGCCGCAAGUUGAUGGUAGGCACCAGACUGGCUAAGGAGCUAGCAGAGUUCAGUGGGGAACUGUCUUUGGAGGGCCUCCAUUUCUGGAAGACAGCUUUCUCAGCCAUGACACACCCCACCACAACUAUUACCUCAUCUUCCCAAACCCAAGGAGCUGAGGUGUCACAGGCCAAGUUUGACUCAGCCAGUGACAAGAAGGUUAUCCUUUUGCCCUGCAAAAAUCCACCAAGCCGUGAGCGUGUGCAGCUGUGGCUGGAAGCCAGGAAACAGUAUGAGAGUUUACAAAAAGGGAGAAUAGACAAAGGGCUGCUGAAGAGAGGCCUUGGGCUGGAUGUGCAGGGGAACCCAGAGAGAAGUGAACAGCCAGCUGCUUCCACUUGUCCAGUAGUGGAGACUGAGCUGAGUGAGAGACUCUCCAGUAUCAGGACCCAAAGGAGAAAGAAAUGCAACCUGUCCCUAAUAAUAUCUCCCGUGAAAAGCACAGACUCUCAGUGUAAAUCCACAGAGGUGAGUCCAGUUUCAGAUGAAGUUGGCAUAAAUAUUGAGCUGGAGGACAGAGAAAAUGAUGAUGAGGAUGAUGAUACAGCCACCUCUCCAGAGUCCCCAGAGCUGCCUCCCUGGCAGCAGUCCUGUCAGCCCAGCCCAUCAGGGCCAAACAGGCAAAGUGAAAAUUCUCCAGAACCACUGUCUCCUAGGCUCUCUGACUCUCUGGAGCAAUUAGGGGGUAAUCUUAGUCCCUUACUCCUCCAUGUGAGUAACAGGGAAGAGGGGAGAACUAGUCCCCGCCUCCUUCACAGCACCCCCUUUUUAAGGAGGCGACAGAGAGGCAAAGAGGAUCUGGAUCCAGUAUGCAGCACGCCGAUAUCGGAGGCUGCAGAGGAUGCCAUUUCUCAGAGACUAAAGCAGAGGAGAAGUCAGGCAGACCCACUGAGAAGAGUGUUGCUGACCACACAGAUGAAGAACCAGUUUGCUGCUUUGAAUGUGCCAAAGAAAGAUAAUUCUCAGAUCGAAGGGCCAAGCAUAGCCAACUCUUAUGGCUUCAAAAUCAGCAUGCAAAAUCUACAGGACGCCAAAGCACUGCAUGAGGUCCAGUACCUAACACUGAUGGGCAUGGAGAUCCAUGCAAGAACUCGACGUGACCUUGAACCUGACCCAGAGUUUGACCCCAUAUGUGCCUUAUUCUACUGCCUCAGUUCUGAUGCUCCCCUGCCAGAUAUAGACAGCACCCAACUGACGGGUGCCAUUGUGGUGGACAAAGACCAUCAAAGUUGUGACCAAGUAGGUCACAGUGGAACAUCGCCCCUGCUGGUCAGGUCAGGCGUCUCUGGGCUGCAGGUGACAUAUGCCACUGAUGAGAAAGUGCUGUUUCAGGAGCUGAUUUUCAUCAUGAGGAGGUUUGACCCAGACAUCCUGGUGGGGUAUGAGGUGCAGAUGCAGUCCUGGGGCUACCUCCUCCAGCGGGCCGCAGCGCUCGGAGUGGACUUGUGUCGGCAGCUGUCGCGUGUGCCAGGUGACUCCAAAGAGAACCGCUUUGCUGCAGACAGGGAUGAGUACGGAGCCGACACCAUGACUGAGAUUAACAUCAUCGGCCGCAUCACCCUCAACCUGUGGAGGGUGAUGAAGACCGAGGUUACCUUGAACAACUACACUUUUGAGAAUGUGGCCUUCCACGUCCUCCACCAGCGCUUCCCCUUGUACAGCCCGCGCACACUGUCCGACUGGUUUGACCACAACACCGACCUCUACAGAUGGAAGAUGGUGGACCACUACGUGAGUCGUGUGCAUGGCACCAUGCAGCUUCUUCACCAGCAUGAUAUUAUCGGCAGAACAAGCGAGCUGGCCAGACUGUUCGGGAUUCAGUUCUUACACGUUCUCACCCGAGGAUCACAGUACCGCGUUGAGUCUAUGAUGUUACGCGUGGCCAAGCCGUUGAACUACAUCCCUGUGACACCCAGCAUCCAGCAGCGAGCCCAGCAGAGGGCGCCGCAGAGCAUUCCUCUUGUGAUGGAGCCUGAGUCACGCUUCUACAGCAACUCGGUGAUCGUACUGGACUUUCAGUCGCUGUAUCCCUCCAUUGUGAUCGCAUACAACUACUGCUUCUCCACCUGCCUCGGCCACGUGGACAGCCAGGGAACGCCUGAUGAAUUUAAGUUCGGCUGCACCUCCCUGCGGGUUCCUCCUGAGCUCCUCUACCAGCUCCGCAACGACAUCACCGUGUCUCCAAACGGCAUCGCCUUCGUCAAGUCUUCAGUGCGUAAAGGGGUCCUGCCCAGCAUGUUGGAGGAAAUCCUCAAUACGCGGAUCAUGGUGAAGCGGUCGAUGAAAACCUACAAGCAGGACAAGGCCCUGAUGAAACUGCUGGAUGCCCGGCAGCUUGGACUCAAGCUCAUCGCUAACGUCACCUUUGGCUACACCUCCGCCAACUACUCUGGACGCAUGCCCUGCGUGGAGGUUGGAGACAGCAUCGUCCACAAAGCCAGAGAAACUCUGGAGAGAGCCAUCAAGCUGGUCAAUGACACUAAGAAAUGGGGAGCGCGGGUUGUGUACGGAGACACCGACAGCAUGUUUGUUUUACUGAAGGGAGCCACCAAAGAGCAGGCCUUCAAGAUCGGCAACGAGAUCGCUGAGGCGGUGACUGCAACAAACCCCAAACCUGUCAAGCUCAAGUUUGAGAAGGUGUACCUGCCCUGUGUGCUGCAGACGAAGAAACGCUACGUGGGCUACAUGUACGAGAGCCUUGACCAAAAGGAACCUGUGUUUGACGCCAAAGGCAUCGAGACGGUUCGCCGUGACAACUGCCCUGCUGUUUCCAAGAUUCUGGAGCGUUCCAUUAAGCUCCUGUUUGAGACUCGGGACAUCAGCCAGGUGAAGCAGUUUGUGCAGCGUCAGUGUCUGAAGGUUCUGGACGGCCGGGCCAGCAUGCAGGACCUGACCUUCGCUAAGGAAUAUCGGGGCAGCGGCUCGUACCGGCCUGGAGCCUGCGUGCCUGCCCUGGAGCUCACCAGGCGUAUGAUGGCGUACGACCGUCGCUUGGAGCCACGUGUGGGCGAGCGUGUGCCCUACGUGGUCGUGUACGGGCUGCCCGGCGUGCCCCUCAUCCAGCUGGUGCGUCGCCCCAUGGAGGUACUGCAGGACCUUGGCCUCCGCCUCAACGCCACCUACUACAUCACCAAGCAGAUCCUGCCGCCACUGGCCCGCAUGUUCCAGCUCAUCGGGGUGGACGUGUUCAGCUGGUACCAGGAGCUCCCCAGGAUCCAGAAGGCGUCAUGCUCCUCUGCAGUGGGUGGAGAGGAACUGGGCAGGAAGGGAACCAUCUCCCAGUACUUCACCACGCUUCACUGCCCUGUGUGUGACGAGCUCACCCAGCUGGGCGUGUGCUCUCGGUGUCGUGCUGAGCCCCAACGAGUCGCAGUCACACUCCACCAGGACAUGAGACAGUGGGAGAGUCAGCAAGACCAGCUGCUGAAGAUCUGUAGGAACUGUAGUGGUUGUGCAGAGCGACAGGUGCCCUGCGUGUCCCUGGACUGUCCUGUGUUCUACAAGCUGUCCCGGGUCAACAGACAGCUCUCCAAGGCCCCCUACCUCCGACAGCUGCUGGAGCAGUUUUGAUAGGUUCCUGAACCCAGGAGCCUCCCUGCUGAUUUGGUGCUAAUUGCUGCCCCCGCCCCAGUGUUUCAUUGUCCAUUCAGUUGUAAUAGUCUAAAUGGUGCUUUGACUGAACCCUGUGGGGUUUUCAUUCUGUCUUGUAACUGUUAUUUGUUAAGUAUUUCUCUGCGUGUGCAGACUGUCUGGUCUGUUUGCUGCCAUCUCCACUAGUUGCUAUGGGCUGAGUGAAGCUGGCGCCUCUGGUGAGCCAGCGACAGACUGCCUGUCACGGAGCGCAGUCCGCCCAGCGACGACUCGUAACUCGUAUGCGCUGUAGCAGUUUGAAGUCAUUGGUUUUUAAGGAGCUUCCUUUCAAAUCUCAAGACAAACUACAUUCAAACCACUAAUUGACUUUUCUUCAUUUUUAUAUCGACUGCAGUCUUGUUGUAAAUAGUUCCUGUAUAGCUACAUCUAUAAUCUCACUGUGCAUUAGCAUUUUAAAAUAUAUAUAUAUAUAUUAAAAAAAAAAAAAAAAAAAAA